GAAACAGAAUCUGAUUCCCACGACGCACUGCAAGCACACAAGGGAAUGAAGAACCGAGAGGCCAUAAAGAGCCUCCUCAACCACGCCCAUUCCCCACUUUCUACACCUAAGGUUCUUGCAACUUUUUUCCAGAACCGAAGCUUUCUCCGGUCAGUCGACACCGCCGCCCCGUCUCCAUGGAUUACAGACAAUUCUACUACAUGACCCUCAGGACAAGCAUAGACUGCAACGGCUGCUACCACAAGAUCAGGAGGGCUCUGCUCCAGAUGCAAGAGCUGGAGAGUCACCUUAUCGACCGGAAGCACGGGCGGGUGAGCAUCUGCGGCAUCUUCAGCCCGCAGGACGUGGCGAUCAAGAUCAGGAAGCGGACGAACCGACGCGUCGAGAUACUGGAGGUCAGGGAGGCCGCCCCUGCGCCCCCGGUGGCCGGCAACGAGGAGAACGCGGGCCAACAUAUGCCCUGAACUCCUGAAGCUGAAGCCCCCGCCUUGUGUGGCUGGCUUCUAAGAGCACUCGGAUGCUGCUGGUGUCGCCCUCUGUACCUGAAACUACCUCUUUCUCUGUCGGAUUCAAGUCCAUCAUUUUGUUCUGUAGAACUCUAUGGCUUGCUUGACUGAACUUCGUCGCUCAGUAAUUUCAUCAGCUACGACCUGCUUUUUACCUU